AAAAAAUGCAGAUCGAUAAAGAUGAUAAAAUAAUUGAAAAUAGCCAUACUAAUAAUAAUAAUGAAGAUGAAGAAAUUGAUGAAGAUGAAGAUUCAUCAAAUAAAUCGAAAAAAAUUAUUGGUAAACAUGAUUCUGGUGCAGCCGAUCUAGCUAAAGUUCAAACAUAUGAAGCAAGUUUUUUUGAUGAAGAAGGACAAAAUGAUUCUACCGAAAUAAGUGGUGCAGCACGUUCGAUAAUCGAUAGUAAACGUUCGAAAGAAGUUGCCGAAAAAGUUGCCCGACAAAAAGAAUUGGCAAAAGUUAUUAUUCGUCGUGAAGAUGUUGAAUUAAUUAUGAAUGAAAUGGAAAUAUCUAAAACUGAUGCUGAAUUAAAACUUCGUCAAGCAAUGGGCGAUGUUGUACAAGCAUUAAUUACAAUGUUAAAUGAAUGAAUAAAGAUUCUGGUCGAUUCUCAA